AUGAGCGCGCCCUCCGGGAUGGAAGACCACACCAUAGACAACAUGUUUGGUUCUUCGACAUCGCUGCCCCAGACUCCGGCCGGCCUAUCAUUAUCGUUCGAUACGUUGAUGAGCACGGAAUCAUCACGCGCCCGAAAACCGAUUCACGAGAUAGUCGUAGUCCAUGGGUUCGGGCUCCUCGGCGACAGCUUCCGAGCUCACCCCCAGCACUACCCUACCUUCGGCAGGACCAUCGGCAGUGACGAACACCCGCAUUACUACCAAGCGCGGCACGUUCUCGAAGAAUGGAUCCAAGACGCGGCCGAGACACUCUCCGAGCCAGUCAACGUGCGGCGGAUGUCAUUCAGCACAGCACAAGUCAUGCAGCUGGGCAAACCGGUUCUCUGCGCCGCCGCACACAGGCUGUGCAACUCGCUCAUGGAACUCACACUGGACGAGAGCUCUCCUCUUUUCCUCGGCGACCAGGGAGACGGCGACGGAGAAGGUAGCCAUUUCUACUCCGAGUCGGCCGGCGGCCUUCUCCCGGUCUUCCGCUCGCGCAGGGUCACGUUCGUGGCUCACGGCCUCGGGAUCUGGGUCGUGAAGCAGGCCCUCCUGUGGUUUGACUUCCACGGCACCCCACUCCAUCCUGCCGCGACUUUCUUCUUUGACGGUGCGAGGAUAACGAGCACGGACAUGGUGCCGGGCUAUCUCCACGAUGCAGCCUCCCUGUUCGCGCUGCAGCAGGGGAACCUCCGCGGCGCGAUGCUGGAAGAUCUCGUGUGCCACCUCUUUGUCAUCGAGCAGCACUUUGACACGCUCAUGUCCGAGCACUACGGCGAGUGCGCGGAGAUCAAGGACGCGGACACGGACGAGGCGAGACAUCGCUACGAGAUGGUCCAGUGCAAUCACCAGUUGUGGCAUCACCCUUCGCCGCCACUGCAAGCUUGGGGUGAGACUCACGCGCAUCAUCAUGCACGGUUGUUCGCGCGUGGAGACGACCAUGUGCUCGAACAGGUCGGCAGGUUGGCAUUCCUAGAGCUCGCCAGGCACCUCGGCGAGGCCGUAUCAGGCAAUCACCUCAAGUCCUUGCAGGCGCUACCGCCCGUUGCCGAAGCCGCGCAGCGCAGAGCCCGAACGGAUGUGGACUCUACGACGCUGCACAACGACGACUAUGACAACGCGUCUGUCGUGUCUUCGAGCUCGAGAUAUAGCGAGGGCGAUGGCCCGGUUGCGAAGACGCUGCCGGACGGACUGGAGAGCCAGCAAACAGAAUUUCCUUGGGAACCACCAAACGAGACGUUACCUCAAGCUUCUCCGACUGGUUCAGAAUGGCCGGAUUUGCUCGUUUCGGAAAGCGGCGUUCGCGGAACUUCUGGCAUGUCGAUAUCCUCAGCGCGAGAGCAGGCUGUGAACGUGCCUGACGAUUGGCUCCGUCUCAGUGACCACCAGAGUACUGCGGCACAAGGCACUGCAUCGUCUCAGAUACCGCGCAACGAAAGCCACAAUCACAUGAGGUCUCAUAACAACAGCUAUGGCCUGUAUUCACAUAAUUCCCCUGCCAACUUGGCUGGAAACCGAGACACGUUCGACUCUCUGGCCAUUGAGAAAUACAUCGGCCGGAGCGGAGGCCCCCCUAAAUCAAACCCAGAUAUCAGUGGUGUCACGGGAUAUUCGUAUCUCGGUGGUAAUUCAAUGCUUGCGAACCUGCCAUCUAGCGAGCCUCUCACGAUCGGAGCUUCCGAGGAUGCCCCGCAAUCCGAAAUGCUGAUUGACUUCGAGCACGAAGAAUCUGCCGCUACUGUGAGCAAGAGCGCCUCCGGCGCGGCUUCGAACCGUUCCCAUCGACCUCGUGGACCUUUGAGCUGGGCAACCAUGUCUUCAAGAAGCCCGGCCAUCCGGGGUGAGGACGAGCAGGGCGAGCAACAUUCACCAAAGACUUCUCCCGGACGACCUCAAGGACUGUUGGGCAUGAUCGACAUGUCCUCGCAUAGUCCGGCUCCUGUGGACACGGAGGCUCGUAAUCAAGCCUGUGCCCAGUACCAGUCACCACGAGAACCACUGGACGUAGCGACAAUGUCAUCGAGCAUGCAAGCCGAGAACCGUAUUUCUCAGAGUAGCUCGGCGGGCGGUGAUAGCACAACGACCGAAAGUGUUCUGCGAUUAUAUGGGGAAAAUGCAUUGCGAGACUUCACCGACUUACAGAGGCCGAUCUCUGUUAGCGUCCGACAUACAGUUGCCGAGUCCAUGACGGCGCGUGGAAGCACUGCCCCAGGCAAUCUGAUCGCCCCAUGUGCUCCGGUGCAUGCUACUGCCCCGACAGAUGAGCUACGCAAAGAACCAAGCGGAAACAUGCUCGAACAGGCACUACGGGAACUCGAUUCAGUAGAUGCAGGCAAUUUAGAGCUGGAAGCUCUGGACGCUUUCAUAGCCCAGCUCGCGGUGAGUGUCGAGGCCCAGCUGCCGGGACUAGACAGGAAGUGGCCCAAUAUCCGAAGGACUCUGAGGUGGCUGCUCCGGGACAUCGAGCUUGCAAGGUAUCAAGCUCACUCGAUGAGGGAGCAGCAGCAGCCAAAUUCAACACCUGAGAAUGAAAGAGUGACCCUCGGGCGGGGUGGUCCUGGUGAAGAAAGCGUUGCGCGGGAGAACCACCGUAUAUGUGACUCGCGCGAAGCAAAGGAGGGCGUCUACUCUUCCAACCAGCAUGGAUCAAUUCGCGCCCCGGAGCAGGCCCCAUCGGCCACCGAGAUUGGUAGGAAGGGGUUUAAUUAUCAUCAGGGCUACAGCAAAACGCGAGAGCCAGAGGAGAUACUGGGGGACGAGUAUGCUGACGACGAAGACUAUUCGUAG